GAAUCUUUUACUUUAAAACGAUAUGUCUAAAUUAUCUUCGUUAUAUACAUUCCAUAUAUAUACAUAUAUAAUUAUGUUCUGUCACAUUUUUGGACGCACAAUUUGUUUAAGUGUGUGUGUGUGUAUUUGUGUCCCCUUGAUGGUUUAUUCAGGUGACAAGAUUUGUAUCUCUCAUAUACAUAUAUGUUGGCAAAUGUAAACAAAAAGUAGAGAGGAUUUCUUUUUAUUCUUUUACAUAUAAUGUGCUUCCCAUAAUAUAUUUAGUUAUCAUGAAAAUACUGUAAGGUUGACUGGAAUAAUGAUCAUUCCAUAUAGUGUAACGGAUUCCAUGGAUAGUUAGACAAUGAUCAUUCAACAUUAACAAGUGAUGAAUGUUUAAAUAGAAUACAUUAUCUAUAAUAGAGAAGAGUAUUAUGAGAGUAACAUUACAGAUACUUAUAACACUAUAUAUCAUUCCUUCAUAUAUUGUUAAUACUCAUAAUAUAUCUUCAAUAAACAGUAUUGAUCAUGAGAAAUCGUCGAUUAUUGGACCACCAAGAGAGUUAAUCCUUGAAAUUGCAUGUGAUCAAUUACGUCCAUGUAUUAAAGCAUCAUGGCUACCGCCGAUGGAUUAUCAACAAUAUUUUGAAAAGAAAGAUCACACUACUGAUAAUAACAAAAAACAUGAACAUGGAAAUAAGAAUCCUCUUUUAACUUAUAGAAUACGUUAUCAUAUUAUACAUCCAAUUGAAUUAUCUAAAAUUAAUGUUGAUAAUGAUCAUAAUAAUUUAGAUCAUAAAUUAUUAACUAAAACCAUUGAAAAAAAUAUUACUGGUUUACAAUAUACCAGUAAUCCUGGUGAACAUUUGUUCGGUGUAAUUUAUGAAGUUUCUGUAGCUGGAAUUACUGAAAAUGGAUAUGGUCGAGAUGCAAUUAGUCGGAUAGCUACACCUGAAUCAGCUCCUUCAGAUGCUCCAAGUAACUUUCGUGUCAUUGGAGGCGAUCAAACAUCUGUACAAUUAGCUUGGGAACCACCAAGAUUAUUAUAUCGUAAUGGUAUUAUAACAAAAUAUCAAGUUCGAUGUUAUAUUGUUGGUGAAGAAGAAAAUCAUGAUGAAUUGAAAACUAUAACAGAACAAACUUUAAAAUUAUAUAAUCUGCCAUCAGCAACACAUGCUUGUUUAGUACGUGCUUGGACUAAGGCUGGUCCAGGACCUUGGAGUGAUCGUAUUCAAUUUCUUAUAAAUCAGAAAGGUCCACCUCCUCCAUUCCAUAUUCAAGUCUAUUGGAAAACUCAAUAUAUUUUAACCAUUGAAUGGACUCUACCAGAAGAUAAAGAAAAUAUAGCCUAUUUAAUUAUUCAUUAUGCAAAACAAAAUAAUCCAAAUGUAUGGCAUAAAUAUUUUGUAAAAGAUUUGAAAGUAACAGAAGAUUUGGGUAAUUUAAGUCCAAAUGAUGAAUAUUUAAUUCGUUUGAGUUCAGUUGACUUAAAUGGGAAUGAAGGUGAAUUAUCCAAUAUCAUUAAUACUAAUUCUUAUCAACAUUCAACACUCAUUGACAAUAGUAAUGGGGAUAUUAAUAAUGGUAAUAAUAAUAUGAACUAUAAGCAAAAUCAUAAUUUUAUAUUCAUGGAUAUACCUGAUCAACCAGAGAAGUUUACUGUACAAAAUUUUAAAUGUAUACAUAGAACUAUGAAUACAAUUACAAUUGAAUGGUUACCUCCGAUACAUUUAGCUAAUCUACUUGAAUAUCAAUUACACAUAUCUGGACGAAGUGAAUUUAUCACAAGUAGUGGUGUAUUAAAAUCUGUUCAUUUAGGUGACAUUCAAUUACAUCAAAAUAUUGAUCAACAAAUUGAUAAUAAUGAACCGGAAAUGUUAAAUUGGCCAUUAGUUAAUAUGCUUAAUAGUAUGUCAAGUCUAGAAGAUCAUCAUCAUCUGCAGCAACAAACGCACAAAAUGCAAAUACCAAAUUUAAAACCAAAUAGUCAAUAUAAAAUAACGAUUCGUCCAAUUUAUCGUGCACUUAUUACAGAAGGUAAUAUAGGAGCUAAAGAAGGUAUCCCCGUGACUAUAAUUUGUCAUACCGAAUGGAGUGCACCAGAAUAUAUAAAACAGCCAGAAUUACUUGCAAUCUAUGCAGGUCCUUCAGAUCCUCAAGGACCAACUUCAAUAAUUGAAGUAAAAUUACAUCGGGUAUCUGAAGAAAAUGGUCCUAUACAUAAUUAUUAUGUGAUUAUAUCACCAGAAUUGAAUACAGUGACAACAAACAAAAAUCUAGUUAAUAAUGAUCUUUUGAAGUCAUCCAAAUCUUUAGUUAUUAAUCCAUCUAAUUAUGAUUUGAAAAGUUUAUCACAAAACAGUGAUCUACCAAGUAAUCAAGCACCUUAUUUAGCAUUAGCACGACAUACAAUAAAUUUAUUUAAACCAAAUCAUGAAACUGCAGUCAUUAUAUUAGGUAGUGAAGAAAUAGAUAAUUUUAUUCUAGAAACUCAAUACUACUUACAUGCUCAAACGAAUAGAAAUCAAACAUAUAACAGAAAUGUAAAGGAAACAACUGAUCUGGGAUCAUAUUACCAAGAUGGUGGUACAUCAGACAUACAUGAAACUGAUAGUCAUAUCAAUAAAAAUAAUGAAGAUAAACCUUACUAUCACAAUUUUAAUGGUGAUAUGUUUAUGAAAACUAUACAAGUAAAUAAUAAACGUCUUUUUCAAUCUACCAUAUAUCGUGUUGCUUUGAGAGCAUGUUCACAGUAUCCCAAUGGCCAUCAAUUAUGUUCCACAAGUCAAUGGUCCGAUAGAAUAUCACCUAUAAAUACAAUUCAAUCAAAUACCUUCUCAAAGUUGAAAUCAUUAAAAGAUAAAAUAAAUGAAUGGAAUCUACACGAAUCAUCAUCUUCAUUUACAAUUAUUUUAAUUGGUCUAUCUAGUGGUUUAAUAUUUUUCGCUAUAUUAAGUACUAUACUUGGUUGUAUAUUAAGACGUAGAAAACAACAACUCAUUAGAAGAUCUAUGCUUGAAUCAAAUAAUAAUCAUUUAGAUGUACAAAUAUACAGAGAUCUUAGUAAAUCAAUGUUUAGUGAAAAUUUAUCAACACCAUCUAAUUCCAGAACGAAAUGUUAUUCACCAAAACCUAAAACUAAUAAUAACAAUAAUAGUCUAAUGAAUUCACAACCAUCUAGUUAUUUAUUAAAUUUACAUAAUGAAGGAUCAUAUAGUCCAUCAAAUUCAAGCAAUGGUAUACCAAUUUUAAACUUUCCACAUCCAAAUACUGGUGGAUUAACUGUUGGAAUAAAUCAAAUUUCACCAUUAGCUUUAUCAUCGAAUCAAUUAACAAUAUCUGAUCUAUCACCGGUAAUCACUAGAUCAGUAUAUAUGAAUACAAGAAAUAAAUCAGAAUCACCUACAAGAAGUAUGAAUAGUAGUGAUGCAUUAAUUGGUAAAACUAUUUAUAAUAUACCUUCUAAAAUUGGUACAACAAAUAUAUUAGAAAAUUUUAAUCAACUUGUUCGUGAUGGAACACUUGAAAUACAUCGAAUGCCUAUACCAGUAGAACAAUUUCAAGAAGUGAUUUAUCAAUCAAGAAAUAAUAAUUAUAUUAGUUUUCAACAGGAAUUUCAAACAAUUGAACAAAUCUCAUCAACACGAUAUAUCAGUGCAGUACAUUCUAAUUUAGACAUAAAUAAAUCGAAAAAUCGUUAUCCAAAUAUUUUAGCAUAUGAUUGUACACGAGUUAGCAUUCAAUCUAAUUAUCAACAUCAUUCUAAUGCACAAUAUGGAAUAGUUUCAGGAUCAGAUUAUAUAAAUGCUAAUUAUAUUGAUGGUUAUAGAAAACAAAAGGCAUACAUUGCAACUCAAGCUCCUUUACCAAAUACAUUUGACCAUUUUUGGACAAUGAUAUGGGAACAAAAUACAAGUGUUAUUGUAAUGCUUACUAAACUUAUUGAAUUAGGACAAAUGAAAUGUGAUCAAUAUUGGCCAAAUAAUGGAACAUUACACUUUUCUGAUAAAUUAAUUGUAACACAUUUAGAAACUAAUGAAUUAGCUAAUUAUGUAAUACGUUGUUUUGAAUUGAGAAAAGAUAAGGAACAUAGAAAAAUUUGGCAUUUACAAUAUACAAGUUGGCCAGAUCAAGAAGUGCCAACUUAUCCUACUGUAUUCUUAAUGUUUCUUCGACGUGUUGGUACAAUUACACCAAACGAUUGUGGUCCAAUUGUUGUACAUUGUUCAUCAGGAACUGGUAGAACAGGUGUUUAUAUAGCAAUUAAUAUAUUACUGGAACGUAUGAAAAAUGAAUCACUAAUUGAUAUAUUUGGUCUAGUGAAUCAAUUACGUUUACAACGUAAUUAUAUGAUUGAAACCCAGGAACAAUAUCAAUUUAUAUAUACAGCAUUACUUGAAUCAAUUACAGAUGGUAAUACAGAAGUAUCUGCACGUAAUCUAUAUACACAUAUACAACAUUUAUCUAUAUUACAAACUACUAAUACUACUAUAAGUAGUACAAAUGAUUAUAUGAGUAAUUUCAAUAAUUCAUUAUUAUCAACAACUAUAACACCAACAACGAUAUCAACUAAUACUUUAAACGAUCUAUCUAACAAUACAACGACAACGAAUUCAUUAGGUUUAACUGGUUUUCAGAUUGAAUUUCGUAAAAUUAAUAAAUUAUCACCUAAUAUAACUUUAACAUUGAAUAGUAGUCAAUCAAAAACUGGUUUUGUUAAUAAUACACCACCAGGAAGUCCUAUACAUGGUUACAAAUUAAGUGUAUCAUGUGAUGUAGCUAAACGAAGUGUUAAUCUUAGUAAAAAUCGACUAGUCAGUAUAGUUCCAUUUGAUUGGAAUCGUGUUACUCUAUGUUCAAUACGUGGUGUCGAUGGAUCAGAUUAUAUCAAUGCCAGUUUCAUUGAUGGUUAUUUGAAGAAAAAUGCAUAUAUUGCUUGUCAAGGACCAAUGAUAUCCACUGUAGAAGAUUUUUGGCGUAUGGUUUGGGAGAAGCACAGCUGUCUAAUAGUUAUGUUAUGCUCAGUGAAGGAGAGUGGAAAAGAGAAAUGUUUUACAUAUUGGCCAGAAGACAAGCCAUCACGUUAUCAAUUUUUUGUAGUUGAUUUAACAGCUCAAUAUACAAUGUCUAGUCAUAUAUUACGUGAAUUUAAACUGACUGAUACACGUGAUGGUGAAUCACGUACAAUAAGACAAUUACAAUAUAUACAUUGGAAUGAACAAGGAUUACCACAUACUGGUGAAAGUCUAAUUGAUUUAAUUGGACAUGUGCAUAAAAUUAAAGAACAAUAUCAUUACGAUGGACCAAUUACUAUUCAUUGCAGUUCUGGCUCUGGUCGAACAGGAUUAUUUAUAACAAUGUGUAAUGUAUUAGAAAGAUUACGUCAAGAAUCAGUUAUUGAUAUGUAUCAAACAGUAAAAUUAUUAAGACAACAACGUGUAUGGAUGAUACAAACUGAAGAACAAUAUCGUUAUUGUUAUAUAACAACAUUAGAUUAUUUAAAUUCAUUUGAUUUAUGUACACAACCACAAUUAUUAAUUCAAACAACAAAUACAAUACAAUUGAAUUCACCAAAUCUUAAAAUGAAAUCAUCACAGUUAAAUGAUAAAACUGUUGUCUUUGAAUUAGAUAAAGAUUAUGAAUUGAAUCAUAGUCAUUUAGUUAAAUAAUAAUACAAGGAACUGACACUAUCCGAUGUUCAAUGGAUCCAUUUUUCUUGGAAAUGAAUGAUACAUCCUUAUACAUAUAUAUAUAACUUACAGUUUACAAGUAUCAUUAUUUCAUCACUAGUAGGUGGCCUUCUUGAAUAUCUGAGCUACCUAUUCCUGACAUCUAGAUAUGUCAACAAGUUAUCUGUUCUUUUAUUUGUUUCAAUAGAUCAUUAUAUCAAUUAAUUAAUUAUACAAUCUAUUCAGGUGUGUUCGGUGAAAUGUUCAUGACCUUUUACUGUACAAGUUAGAAAAGAGUACAAUCAGAGACAUUAUUAGAUAUCGAUUCUUGAACUGUUAACAUUUAACUGGCGAUUAAUCAAUAUUUAUCAUCAAGAUCAAUCAAGAAAUUGUUAAUAUAGAUCAAUUUGAAGAAGAACACAUACUUUUAAUGACUAGUGAUCUUUUAAAGUUGAAAACAAUUGAGAUAACUGAUUAAGUCAUAAAUAGUUUCCAGUAUUCUAUAGGUUCCAUUGAAUUUGUAUGAAUUACUGAGUAUACUACUAUAAAUAUAGUUCAAAAAAUGAGUCCAUUUAUUUGGUUUGACUAAAUGCAAUCAUAA